UUAUGCUUCUUAUCGUUUGAAGUUGACCUCCGAUCCAAGAUUCUAUUUUUACAUAUAGUCUUAUUUUGUUAAGAAUAAUUAAUUUUAUCUUAAAUCAUUAAGAAAUAAAGAUGUGCGUUUCUUCUUUGUACCUCGACUAAUUGUUUUUGUAAUUAGAAAAAUAAAUGUUUUCAAAAACUACUUGUUUUCAUUCCAUUGUAGUUCAAUGUAAUUUAUGUAUUUUUGGUUUCAGUUACAACUGAAUAAUUUUCUCUAGUGAUCAAUUUUAGUAAAUAUGAAAGCAUGGCAAAUAGUCUCAAGCUUUCAGUUUAUUCAGAUUAUUUCUAUCUGACAGUAGCAUUGUUAUUUGUUAAUAUUGUUAACACAUUUAAACAAACCUCAGAAGUUCAACCAGAAGUAGUUUUUCACCUCGGAACAAAAACACCUUACAGGAUUGUUGCUUACACUAAUGACAGCACAGUGGAAUAUCCAGGCUGUUAUCCAGUGAAGAUUUUCGGAAUCAUUCGGCAUGGAACUCGUACACCUGGGAACAAAGUUAUUAAUAAAGUUAAACAAAUUAUUUCCACUGUUAAGUUGAGCAUUGAUACCAAAGAUACUAUUUCAUUUUUGAAAGGAUUAUUAUGGAAAUCACAAGCAAAGAAAGAGUGGUCAUCCUUGUUAAGUUCAGAUUCAGAAAAAUUUCUGACGACUGAGGGAGAGAAUGAAAUGAUGUUACUGGCUCAGCGUUUCCAAAAUCGUUUUCCAUCUCUGUUACCAACAAUGUUUUCUAAUAAUUCUUAUUAUUUUAAAUAUACAGAUACCCAGAGAACAAAAGAAAGUGCAAGACGCUUUACUAUUGGCCUGUUCGGUGAAGAAGGUAGUGAUUCUGUUUGGUUUCCAAAGCCUCCUCUGCAUGAUCCAAUUCUUCGGUUUUACAAACUAUGUGACAAAUGGAAAAAGGAAGUAAAGAAGAAUCCUAAAACAAAGUAUGAACUAAACAAAUAUAGAACAUCUCCUGAAGUUCAUAACAUGCUAAUGCAGGUUUCUAGUCGAAUUGGCUUAAACUAUACUUUAUCAUUUGAUACUUUACAUCUCAUUUUCACUGCUUGUGCUUUUGAAACUGCUUGGUUCCCUCAGAGUUUCUCACAAUGGUGCAGUCCUUUUGAAAAAAAAGAUAUAGAGGUAAUGGAAUAUUUUGAGGAACUAAAAUAUUUUUGGAGAGAUGGCUACGGCUAUGAUAUUAACCAUGAACAAGCCUGCCCAUUGCUGCGGAAAGUUACGGACUUCUUUAUGGAUAAGGCUGGUCCAAAGGCCAUUUUUUAUUUCACUCAUUCCGGAACAUUGCUCAAAACUCUCUCUCAUAUUGGUCUUUACAAGGAUGAUUUCAAGCUUACUCAUGACAUAGAUUUGAAACUAAGACAAAAGAGGAACUGGAAUGUUUCAAAAAUGAAUUCAUUUGGGAACAACUUGAUAUUUGUUCUUUUCAGUUGUGAAGAUGGUGAAAAGUUAUUGAGUCUACACCAGGAACGGCCAGUUAUCCUGAGCGGAUGUCCGAAGGAAGAGCUCUGCCCAUUUCUGACUGUUCGUAAAAUCAUGCCAGCAUCUGCAGAAUACCAAUGUGACUUUACCCGAAUCUGUUCCUUGUAAUUUAUUUUAUCUAGUGACUUAAUCUUGCAUCUACCAUUAAAUUGAUAGAUGGCUUAAGGUAAUAUAAUAAUUAAUUUUAAAAGCUAAACAGGAAUGAAUUGAUGAUUAAAAAAAAAAGCUAAUUUAUCCAAGCUUUUGUAAAAUUGUGCUACAAUAGAGUACAUACUUAUGUUUGGAAAAUUAAAGCAUUUAUAUUUCUAAUUUUAUAAAGUAAUUAUG